AUGUCUGGCGAUGACAGGAUGUUACGGACACUGGGAGGAAAUCUCACGGAGUUUACUGAAAACCUAGAUGCCCUCCAGAGUUACCUGGCUCUCCCUUAUCAGGAGAUGAAUGCACCAUCGUUUUGUGUGGAGAGAGGAGCAGAUGGGAAGAUGCUUCUCCAUUACUACUCUGAUAGAAGAGGUCUGUGCCACACUGUACCAGGUAUCACUGAGGCUGUGGCCAAAGACUUCUUUGACAUUGACGUAACCAUGGAUAUCCUUGACAUGAAUCAAGAGGAGGAGAGGACAGGGAAGAAGGAGCAUGUUGUGUUUCUGAUCAUGCAGAAGUUGCACAGACAGAUGAGAAGGGCAAAGCCAAAGGGUUCACAAGACACUUAGGACAGCCAGAGAGAUCAAGAGGCCCUGGAGGCAGCUUUCCUUAGGAUGAAAGAGACAUAUUUGAGUGUCUGUCCCGUGAAAAAGUCCAGCUGGGAAGUUGUGAGAAGCAUAGUCAUGUUUGGAAAAGGGCAUCUCAGGGACACCUUUGAACCAAUUUAUCCCGAGUGGCUCUGGAUUGAAGAGAAGACAUUCUGCGAUGCUUUUCCCUUCCAUGUGGUAUUUGAUGAAUCACUGCAGGUCAAACAAGCUGGAGUGAUCAUUCAGAAGUACGUCCCAGGACUCCAAGCCCAGAAGAUGUGAUUAGAUGAGUAUUUCUCCAUCGUCCAUCCCCAGGUUACCUUCAACCUUUUCAGCAUCUGCAAAUUUAUCAAAUUUGUCCUGAAGGCACAAAAGGAGAUGAUGCCUGCAGCAUGGAGAAGUCAGCCUGCACUCGUGGAAACAAUAGCAGAUGCUUAUAUGGUCGUAGGCGGUGUACCAGUGCCUAUUGGAAGCCACGCUCAAAGAAUAGCUAACUUUGCCUUGGGGAUGAGAAUUUCUGUAAAAGAAAUGAUGAAUCCUGUUACUGGAGAACCCAUCCAGAUCAGAGUGGGCAUCCCUACGGCACCAGCCUUGGCAGGUGUCAUGGGGGACAAGAUGCAGCGGCACUGCUUGUUUGGCGACACUGUGCAUACAGUCUGUAGGAUGGAAAGUCACGGGCUUCCCAACAAAGCGCAUCUUAGUCCCACGGCCUACAGAGCCCUGGAAAAUCAAGGUUUUGAAAUAAUUGAGAGGGGUGAAAUUGAAGUGAAAGGGAAAGGGAAAAUGACCAUAUACUUUCUGAUCCAGAACUUGAAUGCUUCAGAGGAUGAGAUCAUGGGGAGACCUCAAACUGGCCUUGAUCCUGAGGGUAAGCAAAAAAGAUAAGCCUCCCCCUGAGGAUCCGUGCGACCAGUUUGCCCUGAACACUCUUCUCUUGCAUCCUGGAUAAGGGAGAUCCUGGGAGGUGUAAAUGAACUCUUUACAAAGAAGCAGGUAAAUACUGGAGGAACAUGCGACUUUUGGGGCAAGUCACUGCUUGUCAGCUUUGGUAUCAUUGGCCGGGCGUGGCAUCAGAGCUGUGGGUGGAAGGCAGCUGUGGGCGGAGGGCAUCAGAAUCAUCUGUGGUUGACAGUACAGGUGGCGGGGCCUCGUGCAGAGAGUGACUCAGCAGGUCCAGAGCAGGGUUUGUUCCGCUCUGGUUUGUCAGCCAUCUCCACGGGGCAGUCGUCUGAGCUGCUGGGCUCAGGAACCGUUGUCAUAGUGGAAAGAGCAUUGGCCCUUAAUCGGAAUUCCUGGGCCUGGAUCCAGGUCCUGUUAUCCAGUCACCAGCUGUGUCACUUCGGGCGCCUCAGGCCUCUUCGCUUCAUUUUUCUCAUCCUGAAAGCACAGCUUCUGACCAGCUGGCACCCGGAGGGAGUCCAGUGGAGAGACAGGAAUCCGUGGAGGCAGCUGACGGACAGUGGUCUUCAGCUCAAAGACAACACCUGUGUCUUGUGUCUGGAAAUAGGUGGUGUGGCCCAUAGUUCAGAAGGGCCAGAGCAAGCCAGGAUUAGACUGAAUGCAAUCUCCAGAGAUGUGGGUUCUUGGCCAGACUCUGCUGCUUGA